GCUGAAUGGGAAUAUCGCAAAUAUUUGCAGGGCUGAGCUGCCAUUGCCCGCCACCACUGGUUGUUGCUACCACUUUGCCAAACAGCAACCUCUACUUAUACCAAGAUGCGAUAACAUCCUCUCCCAACUUCGCAUACGUACAUAUAUAUACAUAGAUAUAGACAACCUCACGUAUGUCAACACCAAAAUCCUGCUGGGAGUGUGUCAAGAAGCGCCGCGUCUGCGAUGCCGCACUCCCUCACUGCCAAAAGUGCACAGCGCGAGGCAUCGCAUGUCCCGGCUACGACGGAAAACCUCUGCGAUGGCUCAAUCCGGGUCAAACUCGCUCCAAAGGCUAUCGAGCGAAGACGGAGGCGCGGGCAUUGGCCAGUGCACAACAAACGACGCGUGUAUUGGCAAGGGCUGCCAUGGCGCUGCCUCCCCAGCUUCACUAUUCAGGCGCCGCCCUUGCGGAGGCUGUAGUAUACUAUAAUAAAAUGAUUGCCCCAGACAUGGUAGCCAUACCCUGGGCAGCACAUGAUCUGUACGCUUUGGAAAAGGCAUACAUACCGUAUAUGCCGCCCGUUAUUCUAGAGAGUAUCAUUUGUUCCUCACUUGCGCAUAAGAUUCUGCAGACGUCGCAUAACAUGCCAUCCGACGAGUCGCUCGUGCUUGUGAAGCGGCUACAACAACACCGCGGCACGACAAUCAAGCUCAUGACUGACGAGCUCGAAGGGGACUGGGGAAGUGUAACUGACGUCACACUUGCUUCUAUGAUAUGUUUUCUACUUACUGAAAUGCACCACUGCGUAUCGCCCAUCUGGAAGAGUCACUGCGACGCAAUACAUGCCGUACUGGACGCCCGCGGCGGCCUCCGCUCACAGAUUGCCGAUGCUGUCGAAAUGGAGCCUUUGUUUCGAUAUUACGUAGCGACGGAAAUACUUGGUGCAUCUACAUCACCCAACGUAUCCCUCCACAAGGCCGAACAACUACUGGAUAUCGUGGAUCUCCUCCCCGGACUAUUCGGCGAAGCAAUCACAACCUCUAUUCCCUGUCCAGCGCCGCUUCUGCAAGAAACCAUUCUUAUCACACAUCGGCGAGCCGUCAACAGCCUGACGGAGCCUUCCAAAGAAGAGGCUUUUAUCGCUCUCAAAACCAUAUUAAACAGAAUCCGAAGCUUUUCUGUAGAAUCUUGGAUUGAAGAUGUCGAAAAGGCGCAGAACCGCAUUAUAACCGAGGCCGGCAUGGAAGAGGAAGCAUCCUCGUACCGACUGCCACAGGGUCACCAGCAUUGGCUUCAGAUUGGCUUUGUCUACCAAGCUGCUGUGGCAAUGUACUGCCUGUCAUCUCUCUGCAAUACGACGUAUACCGAUUCGACAAGCGUCUCAAGUGACCCCCAGGAGGAACAGCUCUCAUUCAUUAAGGAGUCAUGUCGCCGGUCACUGCUUGGGAACUUGAAAGAGCUUGCCUCGGGCUCGGAAGAGCAUCCCCGCAAGAUGGUCCUGUGGCCGCUCAUUAUGGCUGGUCUCGUGAGCGAAACCGACGCAGACGGUUCAAGAAGUUUCGUAUUGUCCGAGCUGGUGUGGCUAAGCAGAGCCUUGGGAACUGCGUCGCCCCUGAUAGCAUGUGAAUUAUUGAAACGCCUGUGGACGACGCCAAACACUAAAACGCAACGAUGCUGGGACGACUUAUUUGACCGGCCAUAUUGUUUUACUAUAUAAAAAGUAAAGGAAUGUAAUGAAAAAAUGUAAAAAGAAGCUCUAAAUCUAAUCAGUCGUGAAUACAAAAGUCGCCUGG